ACAUCAACCAUGUGGACUAGUUGAGUAUUCCAGGAUCCACGCUGUUAACAUGCCCGUGCAUCAAAUAUCCGUCAUGCCUGUUAGUGAGGAUGCUAGUUUUAAUGGGCAGGACAGCAUCAGAACCAGAAACAAGAAUAAAGUAAACAAGGUGCAUAGGUCUACACAAGAGUCAGCACUGAGUGGCGUAUCACAGCCUUUUGCCACAGCUUCCUGUCAGGAAAUGGGCAGCACUGGUGAUGUAUUCAACUCUGGAUAUCAUGGCCCAAACCAUACCACCACCAUCGUUCCCGUAAACCACACUCCCAUCACUAAGCAACAGGUGAAGCGUCGAUACCGGCGACACAGGCGACACCGGAAGAGCAGUGGUUGCAUUGCAGACUGGGUGGAGCAGUCAGGAAUCACGAACACCAAGAAUGACUCUUCUUCAGAAGACGAACAGUACCACAGGGCAGAACGGUCCUGGAGUCGUGAGAAAGCCCGGCGUAGACGACGUCCACUUGUGUUCCCGGGUUCUUGUGGGGAUAAAGCCCAGAAACAGGACCUCAAAACGUCACAGAGGACAUCCUUUAAUAUGGACGAGCUAGAGAGCAAUUCAGCCAAUCAUGCCAGCAAAGGUAGUAAGGAGGAGGAAGAGGAGGAGGAGGAGGAAGAGGAGGGGCCAAUUACAAAGACUUAUGAGGAACAGGGACCAGGAGGCACAGAUAUGGCCGUCCCUACAACUCAGAAAUACACAAAGCCAUCCAAUCAGAACAGGACUCUACAGGAAGCAUGCACUGAUAAUGAACCUGAACUGUGCAGGAUCUGCCACAGUGAAGCUGAUGAGGAGUGUCCUCUCAUCAUGCCGUGUAGGUGCACAGGGAGUCUACGCUUCGUCCACCACGCCUGCCUGCACCAGUGGAUCAAAAGCUCGGACACGCGCUGCUGUGAACUGUGUAAAUUCAACUUCAUCAUGGAGUCGCACCUCAAACCCUUGCGCAAGUGGGAGAACUUGAACCUGUCCGCAGGUGAACGCAGGAGGAUCUUCUGCGCCGUGAUCUUUCACCUGAUGGCCAUGGGCUGUGUCGCCUGGUCCCUUUAUGUCUUCGUCCUCAUGCACUACACUACUGAAGGAUUACAGCAAGGACCGCUGGAGUGGUUGUUCUGGACCAAGCUUGGCAUUGUUACCCUCAGCAUGGUGGCAGGCCUCAUUUUCAUGCACAUCCAGUGCAAAGUCUACCUAAACAUCUGGAGGCGCCUGAAGGCUUUUAACUGUGUCAUCUUUGUGCACAACUGUCCAGACUUGGUGUGCAACAUGGCUGAAAAAGCCCCGCCCCCUCACGCUGUUGCCACCCACCAGACCCAAACUAGCGUUCACUGUCCUGGCCCAGCAGGACGAAGUGCAGAGGUGGCACCAGUUUAAUUUUUUUUUAAGUGAUGGUUCGGUUUGGAAGUCUGUUUGGUGGAACUGACUUCUUUCCCUUAAUUACUAUGGGGAAAAAUCAUUCAAAUGCAUAAGGAAAAUGCAAACCUUAGUUUUAUAUACAACAGUGGAACAGUUAUACAUCUGCCGUUUCUGUGGCAGUUAUUCACAGAGUCGGGUUGCCAGCUCAAUGCCCAAUUGUAUCUAAGAACUUGGAGGUGAAGGACCUUGCACGAGUGUCCAACAGUGGUGACCCGUCUGCAUCAAGGUUUGAUGCAAGAGCCUUCUGGUCUGUAGUCCAACACCUUAAUCACCGAUCCACCCCUGCCUCACUGUCUAAUAAAAUCAUAACAUUUUGAAGCCAAAUAUACCAAUUUUAUUGACCAGGACAUUUUGCAGAAGAACUAUGACCUCAAAAAUCAGUAUUAAGUACAAAUUCUGCACAAUCAUGAAGCACUGAACAUAAUUACAGGGUAAAACACCGGAUUGUGCGCCAUGGACAUAUUAACAAUGAUUAUAAUUUUCUGAGACAGUUUUUUAAUCAUAAAAAAGAAAUAAAUCCGUUGUUUGUAUCAACUUUAAUCAAUAAAAAUGUUAAGUUUCUUAAUCAGAUUCUUGACUUGGAGACAGUUAUUAUUUCUAUUUAAUUUCCACUUUGUCCAUUGAUGUGAUAAUCUUUAUUCAAAGAUGAUGUCUGCACUCUUGUAACCCUAAGACCAUUUAUUUGACACCUGUGUGUCAGCUUAUGAAAUAUUUAGCACUCAUGUAUAUUAUUCCAUUUUUUUAAUUUUGGCUAAAAUUUUAAUUAAACAGGCUAUUGGUUUUCAACCGUCACCACGAACAUUUGUUUAAAAAAAGUUCAACAGAGAGUUUUAGUCGUCACAAUCUUUGCAUGACCUGA